UCAACAAGUUUAGAGUUGUCGAGGCUUCAUUUUAUAGUUAUCUUUCAGUUGAAAUUACAGAGGUUAGCCGCCUCUAAAGUUUUUAAUUAAAAUUAGUGAAAUUUAACUUUGUAUAAUGUCUAACGCUUUUGACAAAGAAAAUAUUUACGAAGCAAUGACGAAUGUUCAUAUAAAGUCCCCCGUGAAAAAUGUUUUGGCCCCGCAGAAUGGAAAUGUUGUUGAGUACAAAAUGGAUGUGGAGAAAGAAGAUACGGAAAAAGUAGCGGCAUUUAAUCCAGAAUUGGAACCACUGUUGCGUGAAAAUCCGCGGCGUUUCGUCAUCUUUCCUAUCCAAUAUCCUGAUAUUUGGCAAAUGUAUAAAAAGGCUGAAGCUUCGUUCUGGACUGUGGAGGAAGUUGAUUUAUCCAAGGAUUUAUCAGAUUGGGAAAGUUUAAAGGACUGUGAGAGGCACUUUAUUAAACAUGUGUUGGCAUUUUUUGCUGCUUCUGAUGGUAUAGUUAAUGAGAAUCUAGUAGAGCGAUUUUCACAAGAAGUUCAAAUCGGUGAAGCAAGGUUCUUUUAUGGAUUUCAAAUCGCUAUGGAAAAUGUACACUCUGAGAUGUACUCUUUGCUGAUUGAUACAUAUAUUAGGGAUCCCAAAGAAAGAGAUUUCUUGUUCAAUGCAGUUGAAACUUUACCAUGUGUAAAGAAGAAGGCAGACUGGGCACUGCAAUGGAUCGCUAGCAAGACAGCAAACUUUGGGGAAAGAAUAGUUGCCUUUGCUGCUGUGGAAGGAAUCUUCUUUUCUGGUAGCUUUGCAUCAAUUUUCUGGUUGAAGAAGCGUGGCUUAAUGCCUGGUCUGACCUUCAGCAAUGAGCUUAUUUCUAGGGAUGAGGGUCUACACACGGACUUUGCGUGCCUGAUGUUCAAAUACCUAGUGCAGAAGCCGAGCAAAGAGCGUGUGCUGCAGAUCAUCAAGGAUGCGGUUGUCAUUGAGCAGGAGUUCCUUACAGAUGCACUACCUGUUCGGCUGCUCGGCAUGAACUGUGAACUGAUGUCGCAGUACAUUGAGUUUGUUGCUGACAGACUACUUGUAGAUCUGAUCGGAGAGAAGUUCUACAACACAAAGAAUCCAUUUGACUUCAUGAAUCUAAUAUCAUUAGAGGGUAAGACAAACUUCUUUGAAAAGAAAGUGGGAGAGUACCAGAAGUGGGGGGUGAUGUCCAACAGAAUGGAUAAUGUAUUCACAUUAGAUGCAGAGUUUUAAGUUAUUAUAAAUAAGUGUUAGUUUUGACAGUAUUAUGGAUAACAUUCACAAUUAAUAUUUUAAUUAAUGAUAUCCAAUACUUGAAUCUUUUUAAAUUUGUACAAA